GCCUGCUCACCCUGCCUCCUCCCGCACCGAGCGCUUGGUUCCCUUCGUGCUCCUCGCCCCGUCCCCGUUGCUGUUCCUAUUACUGCCGCUCGCGUCACUCCAGAAAGUGUCCUUGUAACUGCCCGUCGCCCGUCGCCCUCGCGUGCCCGUGUUCGCUCCCAGCAUGCUGGAGGCCCUGCGCAGCCACCCAGAAUGACUGCCCAACGCAUCGGCGUCAACACGAUCCAGUUCCCCGACCCGACCCAAAUCGACUACAGCAACAACAACUACGCCACGCUCGCCUCGAGCAUCGCCUUCUCCUACACCAUCGCCAGCAACAUCCAGACCCUCUCGACAAAGGGCGCCGAGAACGCCGCCCAGGUCCGCGGCAUCCUCUACGUCCCCGACCUGCUCACCGACGCCUGCAAGGAGUCGGAGAAGCAGCAUGUCCCCGCCAAUGCCACGCGCCUCGCCAACCUGCCCACGGGCCAGAACUACGCCCUGAUGGCCUUUGCGCCCUGGUACGACGCCCAGUGCAUGGCCGAGUACUUUGCCUCGUCUAGACGCCUCGACACCAACGCCUUCCUCGUCUACCAGCCCGGCGAGAACAACGCCCUGCCCCCCGUGCUCAACGAUGCCUCGUGGAAUCUCAACGACGGCGGGCGCUGGCAGUCGGCCAACCAGUUUCCCACCUACGCCCUGUCCUCCAUGACCGGAAACGUCAUCAUGGACCAGCUGAACCUGUACUCGGGCAACCUCACCACGGUCCCCAACGGCGACGAACUUGCCACCUACUUUGACUCUACCGACUACGUUCGUCUGUGGGGUGUCAUCCGCAUAGAUCAAGUCGGCAGCAACCUCCCGAGUCUGUGGGUCUUCCUCGUCAUUGUCCUCGCCAUCCUCAUCGUCGCCGUUGGCGUUACUUCCUGCUGCAUGCACUUCAUCCAGCGGAGACGCCGUAAUGCCCUCCGCCAGCGCGUCAUCGACGGCCAAGUCGACCUCGAGGCACUCGGAGUCAAGCGUCUGACCGUCCCUCAAAAGACCCUCGACAAGCUGCCCACAUAUACCUACACCGAUGGAGCCCGCCCCGAUCCAGAAAAGACGCCACCCCAAAUACCUGCCCCAGCACUCAUGGACCCCGGCUCCCCCGUACACGCUGAGACGGGCCAAAAACAGUCUCCCGUUAUCGGCAGUCCGUCUGCGCAUCCCACACCACCCAGUGGGACAUCGGCUGCACUGUCCCAGACUACCUGCGCCAUAUGUAUAGAUGACUUCGAGCCCAACGAGUCGCAGGUCCGCGAGCUGCCUUGCCGCCACAUCUUCCAUCCCGAAUGUAUCGACACCUUUCUCCUCCGCAACUCGUCGCUAUGUCCCUUGUGCAAGCAGAGCGUAUUACCUGCAGGCGUCUGUCCAAUCACCAUCACAAAUGCCAUGGUGCGACGAGAACGAUAUAUCAGUAGUAUGCGCGCACGGAGCGAACAGGCCGCCAAUCCACAGCCAGAUGGCGGACAACCAACUACCGGUGCCUAUCAACAGCCCGGCUCACUUGUGGGUCGCCUAAGAGGCGCUCUACCCGCUCGACGCAUAUUCAGCGCUCCAGCACGCACUUCUUCAAGACCGCCCGAUAUUGAAAUGGCAACCGCUUCUACACGACAUGUCUCAGCAACUCUUCCUGCACAAACCCAGCCCACGGGCAUGUCACCCGCUACAGCGCCUACCCCACCAAAUCCCCUCGAGUGCACGCCUGUGCAGAAUAGACGAGAGUGGGCGCGGCAACGCGCCAUGGCCAUGCUUGGAAACAGACAUGUCCCAACCGACGUCGACGACGAGGAAGAAAGAGCGCCUCCUUGGCGCCGUGCGGCUCGCAAAGUUUUUCCAGGGUUCCGUUAGCAUAUUUUCCUUCAAUGAUACCGUUUUCUAGGGCUGGGACAUGUAGGCGCAUUUGGUCUUUACGAAGAUAUCGCAUGGCGUUGGAAGAUUUUUGAUGAGAGUGCUGGAUCGUUCAGGGAUAUAUGGCAUAUGAUGACUGUUUUACCUUGCAUUCAACACCCCAUAAUUUUGAAAUAUCUUCAUAUCAAGUUGACAGUUGGUACUCGACGACAUACAAGCACUCUGACGUGACGAUACUGACAGAUCAGAAAAUGUAUAUACAAUCUCGAUAAAAGUGAAU